AUGGAACCUGGGUACCAGGCACUUCCAUUCCAGCACAACCCCACCCAGCUCACUUCUCUGGAGAACGUGAAGAGGCAAACAUGUUCUCUUGCUGUCUCCGUGUAUGCGAAGGCUCAGGCCCGAGUGAAGGUCAUGACCACGUCUCAAGACGCUGGGUCAGCCCUCGCUCUGGCCGUCUCUGGAGAUUUUGCCACAGGAUCCCAAAGCUGUCUCUUACUUUUCCCAUCCCAGGGAGCAAAAGAGUUGGCCCCGACCCUGGCUGACCCCUGCAAGGCAGGGAUGCUCAAAGCAGGCACUCUGCAGCAGCUGGUGGACCACCUGGUGCCUGCCCUGCUCUUCGGGGACCCAAUGGACAUCCCUAUCUUUCUAUGCACUUACCGACGUUUUGCCACCACACAGCAGGUGCUGGACCUGCUAUUAACUAGAUAUGACUCCUUCCUCUACUCCACUGAGGAUGGUGGACCACAGGAGCAAGUCAAGCAAGCCAUGUCCUUCAUCGUGGGCACUUGGCUAAAACAAUACUCAGAAGACUUCACCGAACCUCUGAACUUCCCUUGCCUCAAGAAGCUGGUGAAUUACCUGCAAGUCAACAUGCCUGGGUCAGAUGAAGAGAACCAUGCCAAACUUCUCCUUGCCCAGAUGGAGCACCUGGCACCCAGCAAGGAGAAGUCUGAGGCUCUCUCUCCAUCUCCAGUGCUUUGUCUGAGAACAACUCCACAGGUGGAACAUAUUGAAGCACCGUUUAUGGCACACAACCCAAUUGCAAAACCACCAUCAGAUCCAGAGCUGGUGUCAUCAGAAGACUCAGAGUCAGAGUCAAUUCUAGCACCUGCCCUGGAGCGAGAGCCAACUCAUUUCCUACCUUCCCAGCAUGGAUCAUGUCCAGCACCUGCUCCAGAACUGGAUCCAGCUUACUCAUAUGCCAUAGAGUUUGAGCAAACUCUCUCACCAUUUUCAUCAAGGGAUUCUUCCUGGGAAUCCCUUGUGUCUACAGAUAGCACAUUGAGCGAGGAAGAGCCUUCCAUCUUGUUCUUCCCUCCGCAACUGGUGGCAGAACAGUUAACACUGAUGGAUGCUGAGCUGUUCAAGAAGGUGGUGCCCUACCACUGCCUGGACUAUAUCUGCACCCACUGGAAAAAGGAUGACAAGGGGCAUGUGGCACCCACCAUCCAGGCCACUGUCACUCACUUCCACAAAGUCACCACUUGUGUCAUCACCACCUGCCUGGGGGACCAGAGCAUGGAGGCUGCAGACAGGGCCAAAGUAGUGGAGCACUGGAUUGCGGUGGCCUGGGAAUGUCGAGCUCUCAACAACUUCUCCUCCCUCUGUGCCAUCGUGGCUGCUCUGCACAGCAAGGCCAUCCACCGCCUGAGGAAGACCUGGAAAGACGUCUCCAGCAACAGCCUUCAGAUAUUCCAAAGUCUGUCCAGUGUUUUGACUCCUGAGACAAUCUACUGCCUGAGCAAAGAAGGGCUCGUUGAGGGAGAGACUUCCAAAUGGGCCACCAUGUGCAUGAACAUCAAGAGAAGACAUGGGCAACAGGAGAGGGAAUUCAAAAUCAUCUCAGAGAUCAGUGUUCUGCAGUCAGCCUGCAAUCAUGACUGUAUCAUGCCAGACAAGCAUUUCCUGGCCUUGUUCCAGGCCAUGGAGCCCCUCAGCAUGGAUGAGAGCCACCAGGACUCCAAGACAGGCAUAAAAGUGAGCGGCAGCUCCCUCUGCAAGCCCUGCAAUGAAAUGACGUUUAGUCCUGAUCUCAGCAGUGGGAACAUCAGUGACCCAUGGAGCCUGAACUCGGCCAGCUCAUCUAGCACUGACAAGGAGGACCUUGAAAAAGCAUUAUGCUGGAAGCCUGCGAUGACAGCAAAGAGAAGGUGA